AUUAUGAUGUUUCGGGUUGAAAAAUGAAAGUGAAAAUGGAGACAGAAUAUGUGGCUUUUUCUAGAGAUUUCUUCAAUUGGGAAUAAGAGUUGCUAACUUGAAAUGGCCUUUUUCGUCGCGUAUAUUGUAAAUAUAGCACAUGAAGGGAAAAAAAAUGACGACGACGACAACGACGCCGACGACGGCCGCCGCGAGUCCCACAGCUGUCCCUUCAUUAAAACAGUCGCGACCUGCCAUCACCAGGAGGAAAACUCCUAAAAUGACGGGGAAAAGGAAAUGGAAAAGGAAAAAUCCAAUGCCUCUUCAUUUUGAGCGGUGCGUUUACUACUCUUCCCCUUCAAAGUUGGGUUUUUUCCUUACCUCAGCCAUGGCCCCUGCGGGCAAGGUUUCUGGGUUCUACAGAGAGGGAGAUGACUGGUUGUAUAAUGCAAGUUUGCCAAGUGAUAUAGUCAUUAUCAUCAACAGCAUAAAAUUCCAUCUUCACAAGUUUCCUCUUGUGUCAAAAUGUGGGAAGAUAGCACACAUUUGUGAAGAACAUCAAAGUGCUCGUGAAAAGAGAUUAUCCACGGUGCUUGAGGAAUUCCCUGGCGGUCCUGACACUUUCUUGAUUGCAGCUAAAUUUUGCUAUGGCAUUCGGGUGGAACUAACACCAAGAAAUGUGGUGAUGGUCUACUGUGCAGCAGACUAUUUAGAGAUGACAAAUGAGUAUGGAGAAGGUAACUUACUUUCUAGGUCAGAGGGUUUCUUUCACGGGAACGUACUUCGCAAUUGGAAGGACUGUAUAUUGGCUUUGCAAAGUUCUGAAUCCUGUAUGCCAAGGGCAGAAAAGCUUCAGAUAUUGCACAAAUGUAUGAAUGCUUUAUCUAUGAUGGUAUGUACAGAUCCUAGUUUGUUUGGUUGGCCCAUGAUGAUGUAUGGUAGCCUGCAGAGCCCUGGUGGAAGCAUUCUAUGGAAUGGAAUUAAUACUGGGGCAAGAAUUAGAAGCUCAGAAUCUAACUGGUGGUUUGAAGACAUCUCCUACUUGAGUGUAGGUUUGUUUGAAAAACUAAUCAAAACCAUGGAAGCAAGAGGUAUAAGACCUGAAAACAUAUCAGGUGCUGUAAUGUACUAUGCAAGAAAGUAUCUACCAGGUCUGGGCCGUUGGCAAGGCACACAAAGUAGCAAGACUAGGACGGUUGCAAGUUUUAGCUUCACUCCUGCUGCUGUGAAUCAAAAGCUUUUACUGGAAACCGUUGAAAAGCUUCUACCAGAAAAGAAGGGCAAAUCCUUCUGCCGUUUUUUACUUGGACUUCUUCGUGUUGCACUAAUAUUGGGUGUUGAUAAAACAUGUCUGGACUCUUUGGAAAGGAGAAUAGGAAUGCAACUAGAACUGGCUACCCUAGAUGGUCUUCUGAUUCCUAAUUACUCAGAUUCUGAUAAUCUAUAUAAUGCUGAUUGUGUUGAUCGCAUAAUCCACCAUUUUCCAUCAUCAGAGUCUGGACUAACAUCAUUUUCACCACCUUCACCGGACCUGGAAACAUCACCAUCACCUGAACGGUUAAGAAGAGUUGCUAGAUUGGUAGAUAGCUAUCUUGGUGAGGUUGCUUCUGAUGUCAAUUUGAAACCAGGGAAUAUACGUUCUCUAGCAGAGGCCCUUCCAGAAUCUUCAAGAUCUUUACAUGAUGGACUGUACAGAGCCCUGGAUAUCUAUUUUAAGGCACAUCCUUGGUUGUCUGUGAGAGAGAAGGAAGAACUCUGCAACAUCAUCGACUACCAGAAACUCUCCAUUGAUGCCUGUGCCCAUGCUUCCCAAAACGAAAGACUGCCACUUAGAGUUGUGUUGCAAGUCUUGUUCUUUGAGCAGAUGCAUUUGAGGUCUGCUCUAGCUGGCUGUUUCCCUGUCUUGGAUGCUGAAAGUGCUCCAGCGGGUCACUUGGCAGGCCCAGCUGAGAUGGCACGAGGACAGAUUGUGCAGAGAGAUGGAUGGGUAACAAUUGUGCGUGAAAACCAGGUUUUGAAGGUAGACAUGGAAAAUAUGAGGUCUAGAGUUGGGGAGCUCGAAGAGGAAUUUAGUAAAAUAAAGCAAGAAAUGAAAAGGGUGUCAAAGUCACACAGUUCACUCAGUUCCCCCCGCCUUAUUGCCAGGAAAAUUGGGUGCAGGCUUCUUCCACGAUCCUCAGAUGUUCAAACUGAUUUUGUUCACAGCUCUGGCGCCACUCCAAGAACAUCAGCUGAACAAACACGUUCUUCCCGUCAAUCUAGACACCGGAAAAGCUUCUCCUUGUUUUGAGAGCCAAGACCUGGAAACUAACAUCCAUGUUUCAAGAUAUAAACAAUGCUACCAAUUCAAGCCACUCGGAAAGAAGCAAUUGUCCGCCUUGCAUGGAGAGAAGAUUGUCUUAAAGAUGCUGAUAGUUUGAUACUGAAGAUUGUGUCAAUGCUAAUACGUACAGAAUGAACCUUUUUCUUUUAAGGCUCCUCAAGAGCCAGAAAAGAAAACACAUAGCACCUUCCUGGAUAUACAUCUGUUUUUUCCUUGGUAUUUAUUUUUCACCUCCCUUCUAUAAAGGCUUAUACUUGUACAUCCCUGUAAAUCAAGUUUGUUCAACAUUCAGAAGAUAUAAAAAAUUUGAGUUGCU